AUGGGUUUGCGGGACAGAGGCCCCGCCCGCCUGUCCCCCACCCCCGUCCGGUCCCGGAGCCGCCAUGUGGCCCCUGGCCGCUGCAAUCACCUUCCUGACCGUGGCACAGUCAGGAGGAGCCACAGUCGCAGGCCUCCUCCUCAUCCUUGGGCUCACCUCUCUACCGAUUCCUCUCCCCAACCAGGCAUCUCCCGGGAGUUUCCCAAGAUUCUCAAUGGCACCAAUGGGACCAAUGGACCUCUCCCAGGUGGCUACACCUGCCUCCCCUACUCUCAGCCAUGGCAAGCAGCGUUGCUGGUGCGAGGGCGGCUGCUCUGUGGGGGAGUCCUGGUGCACCCCAAGUGGGUCCUCACUGCUGCACACUGUCGAAAAGAUGGGUACAGAGUUUACCUGGGCAAGCAUGCCCUGGGGCGUGUGGAGACCGGCGAGCAGGUGAGGGAGGUGGUCCGCUCUAUCCCCCACCCCGAAUACCAGGUCAGCGCUACCCAUCUGAACCAUGACCACGACAUCAUGCUGCUGGAACUGGAGACCCCGGUCCGGCCCACCGACCAUAUCCGCAUCCUGCCCCUUUCCCAUGACAACUGCCUGCCCGCUGGCACCUGCUGCCUGGUGUCUGGCUGGGGCACCACCACCAGUCCCCAAGUGAGUUACCCCAAAACCCUACAGUGUGCCAACAUCCAGCUUCGCUCAGAUGAGGAGUGUCACCAGGUCUACCCGGGCAAGAUUACCCCCAACAUGCUGUGUGCCGGCACCCAAGAGGGCGGGAAGGACUCCUGUGAGGGUGACUCCGGGGGCCCCCUGGUCUGCAAUGGAACCCUCCAUGGCAUCAUCUCCUGGGGCGACUUUCCAUGCGGGCAGCCCAACCGGCCUGGGGUCUAUACCCGGGUCCCGCAGUAUGUCCAGUGGAUCCGAGACACCAUCCGAAGACACAAAGCACAGGCGCAGGAACGGACGAAGGACACACAGUGAGAGUUGGGCUCACGUACCCAUCUCCUUUCCACCAUGCCCCCCUUGAUUUGUGUGCCCACCUCCUCUGCCCCCUCAAAGUGCUGUGCUCCAACCACGCACUCAAAGACGUCCUACCAAAUGACUACUCAUUCAGCUUCGCAGCCAAACAUCCCCAUCACCCAAAUUCCCCAACACAGAAAAUGUCCCGUCUCUCAGCCA